CGGCGCCUAGUUUGACGUAAUCUCCGGUUGCCGUGCUGAGUCGGAAGUGGGAACCCUUCAGCUGCUGAUACUUUGUGGUGUUGUCGCUGCUGGCCCUUAGGCUCUGGUGGGGACCAGAGGCUUGAACUUCAACUAGGAUCUUGCGCACUAUAAUGUGAACACUUAACCAGGUUUGCCACCACCUGGCCCUGAGCUCACUGUACUUUCUACAUCUCUUUGAGCCUCAUGCCCCUCCCCCCAGGUCUGGAUGGAGGAUACUUUAAAGUGAAAUGACAGACCAGGAGAAUAACAACAACAUCUCAAGUAACCCUUUUGCUGCUCUUUUUGGCUCUCUGGCUGAUGCCAAGCAGUUUGCAGCAAUCCAAAAAGAGCAACUGAAACAGCAGUCUGAUGAACUUCCACCUAGCCCUGAUGACUCAGAUAAUAGUGUAUCAGAAAGUCUGGAUGAAUUUGAUUACUCUGUUGCCGAGAUUAGCCGCUCAUUCCGUUCACAGCAAGAAAUAUGUGAGCAACUCAACAUCAAUCACAUGAUCCAAAGGAUCUUCCUCAUCACUCUGGACAACAGUGACCCAAGUUUGAAAAGUGGCAAUGGCAUCCCCAGCCGUUGUGUGUAUUUGGAAGAAAUGGCAGUAGACCUAGAAGAUCAAGACUGGCUUGAUAUGAACAACGUUGAGCAGGCUGUCUUUGCUCGAUUAUUACUGCAAGAUCCAGGCAACCACUUGAUUAACAUGACUUGUUCUACAACCUUGAAUCUUUCUGCUGAUCGAGAUGCAGGGGAGAGACGCAUUUUUAACUACCUUUAUUCUUGCUUCCAAAGAGCCAGGGAAGAGAUUACCAAAGUUCCAGAGAAUCUGCUACCCUUUGCAGUGCAGUGCAGGAACCUCACCGUGUCCAAUACCCGAACAGUUCUCCUCACUCCAGAGAUUUAUGUUGACCAAAACAUCCAUGAACAACUCGUAGAUUUGAUGUUGGAAGCUAUCCAAGGAGCCCAUUUUGAAGAUGUAACAGAGUUUCUGGAAGAGGUCAUUGAAGCCUUGAUAGUGGAUGAGGAAGUUCGAACAUUCCCAGAAGUCAUGAUACCAGUAUUUGAUAUUUUAUUGGGUAGAUUAAGAGAUCUAGAACUGUGCCAGAUCCUUCUAUAUGUGUAUCUAGAUAUUCUUCUCUAUUUCACCAAGCAAAAGGAUAUGGCAAAGGUUUUUGUAGAAUACAUUCAGCCCAAGGACCUUAGUAAUGGGCAGAUGUACCAGAAGACCUUGCUGGGAGUAAUCCUGAAUAUCUCCUGCUUAUUAAAGACUCCUGGUGUGGUAGAAAAUCAUGGCUAUUUCCUGAAUCCAUCUCGUUCCAGUCCUCAGGAGAUCAAAGUGCAAGAGGCCAACAUCCAUCAGUUCAUGGCUCAGUUCCAUGAAAAGAUCUACCAGAUGCUGAAGAACUUACUACAGCUAUCUCCAGAAACCAAACACUGUAUCUUGUCCUGGCUUGGAAACUGUUUGCAUGCAAAUGCAGGCCGCACCAAGAUUUGGGCCAACCAGAUGCCAGAAAUCUUCUUCCAAAUGUAUGCCUCGGAUGCCUUCUUCCUGAAUCUGGGUGCUGCUCUCCUAAAGCUGUGCCAGCCAUUUUGCAAACCCAAAUCCUCUCGGCUCCUCACCUUUAAUCCCACUUACUGUGCCCUGAAGGAGUUAAAUGAUGAAGAACGAAAAAUAAAAAAUGUACACAUGAGAGGUUUGGACAAAGAAACCUGUUUGAUCCCAGCAGUGCAGGAGCCAGAGUUUCCCCAGAACUACAACCUUGUAACAGAAAACCUUGUUUUGACAGAGUAUACCUUGUACUUGGGAUUUCACAGGUUGCAUGAGCAGAUGGUCAAAAUCAACCAAAAUCUGCAUCGGCUGCAGGUUGCCUGGCGGGAUGCUCAACAGAGUUCUAGCCCUGCUGCUGAGAACUUCCGUGAGCAGUUUGAGCGACUAAUGACCAUCUAUCUUUCUACCAAGACUGCCAUGACAGAGCCACAAAUGCUACAAAACUGCCUAAACUUGCAGGUGUCCAUGGCUGUUCUACUGGUCCAGCUGGCCAUAGGCAACGAGAGCUCACAGCUGAAAGAGCUAACUUUUCCUUUGCCAGAUGACUGCAGCUCUUUAGCUUAUGUGCCAGAGUUUUUUGCAGACAACCUAGGUGAUUUCCUCAUUUUUCUCCGUCGCUUUGCUGAUGACAUAUUGGAGACAUCAGCAGAUUCCCUGGAACAUGUCCUUCACUUUAUCACCAUUUUCACUGGAAGCAUAGAAAGGAUGAAGAAUCCCCACCUAAGAGCCAAACUGGCUGAAGUAUUGGAAGCUGUGAUGCCCCACUUGGAACAGACCCCAAAUCCCAUGGUAUCCAGUGUGUUCCACCGGAAACGUGUGUUCUGUAACUUUCGCCAUGCACCCCAUCUUGCAGAAGCUCUAAUCAAAGUUUUUGUGGACAUUGAGUUUACAGGAGACCCUCAUCAGUUUGAACAAAAGUUUAAUUACCGACGGCCCAUGUAUCCCAUCCUAAGGUACAUGUGGGGAACAGAUAACUAUCGAGAGAGCAUUAAGGAUUUGGCUGACUAUGCCUCUAAGAAUUUAGAAGCCAUGAAUCCCCCACUUUUCCUCCGUUUUCUUAACCUGCUAAUGAAUGAUGCCAUCUUUCUUUUGGAUGAAGCCAUACAGUAUUUGAGCAAGAUAAAGAUUCAACAGAUUGAGAAGGACCGAGGUGAGUGGGAUAACCUGACUCCAGAAGCCCGCCGAGAAAAGGAGUCUGGCCUGCAGAUGUUUGGACAGCUGGCACGUUUUCAUAACAUUAUGUCUAAUGAAACAAUUGGCACCCUUGCCUUUCUGACAUCAGAGAUUAAAUCACUCUUUGUGCAUCCUUUCCUGGCGGAGCGCAUCAUCUCCAUGCUGAACUACUUCCUGCAGCACCUCGUUGGCCCCAAGAUGGGGGCCUUAAAAGUCAAGGACUUCAGUGAAUUUGACUUCAAACCCCAGCAGCUUGUAUCAGACAUCUGCACCAUCUACUUAAAUCUUGGAGAUGAGGAGAACUUCUGUGCUACUGUGCCCAAGGAUGGACGUUCCUAUUCCCCAACUCUCUUUGCACAGACAGUCCGAGUCCUAAAGAAAAUAAAUAAACCUGGGAAUAUGAUUGUGGCUUUCAGCAACUUAGCAGAAAGAAUCAAGUCUCUAGCAGACCUCCAACAACAGGAAGAGGAAACCUAUGCAGAUGCCUGUGAUGAGUUCCUGGAUCCAAUUAUGAGUACACUGAUGUCUGACCCUGUGGUGCUGCCAUCUUCCAGAGUCACUGUGGAUAGAUCCACCAUUGCCAGACAUUUACUUAGUGACCAAACAGAUCCCUUCAACCGUAGUCCCCUCACCAUGGACCAGAUUCGGCCAAACACAGAACUAAAAGAAAAAAUUCAACGGUGGCUCGCAGAAAGGAAACAACAGAAGGAGCAACUUGAAUAAAUACUGUGAACUAAACAAUCCAAAACCAACCCCAGAGUGUAGAUAAACAAUUGUGGUUUCUCCCUUUCUGGUUCUGUUGAUUUUUCUCUCCCCCCUUCACUAAAUUAGAGAACUGCUCUUAUUCAAAUUAUGAUAAUUAAGAUUCCUAAGAACUUUACAGUGCUCUCCUGGCUUGCAGGAAAUAAUACUGUAGCAUCACCACGUUUAGAAAACAUCACUAUUUUUAUCCUUUGUUCUCUCUUCCUAUUUUUUCAUCUUUAUUUUCCUCUCUUAAAUUAUAUUAACUUUAACUACUAAAGCUUCCUGCCUCCUUACUAUUUCUCUUCCAAGAACUGCUAAAACAUCUUUGGUGAGCAUUGUUUAAGUAUAGAAUGUCACAUGUUUCAGUGACAGCUCUGGUACCAUCAGAAAGUCUUGUUACCAAGGUAUUUGCUGGUCCUUGACCAAAUCAUUAGCCCUUUCCUUGUUACAGCUUUAUAAUUUAAAGUGUCACAUUUCACAUAAAGCAAACACCUUAAUAUUUGAGUGGAUUUUAAAUAAGGUGAUAAAUGGGAUGGGGGGGGGGAGAAUCUUAUAUAACUUUUGUUGGUAGCUCUUAAUAGUAUGUUAUUUCAUAACUCAAACAUAUCAUGGAGGAGAAACAUUGUGGGGUAGUCACUACCCUACAUUAGCCCUACAGUGUACUUAAGAGAAUUAGUAGAACAAACUUGCAGUUGUGGCACUAUUAAAAAAAUGCUGAGAUGAGCAAAUAAAGAGAGCUUUUGGGCCCUUACCUCAUGGAAAUUGGUUGUUAUUAGGACUAGACUUUAGCGGAAGAGUUAGGCAACAAAUAUAACUAUGAAAAAUGUCACUUUCAAACAUUAACACGUGUUUUUUAAUUAGUCGAGUAUAAACUGAGUAGCACUUUAUAUUUCCCUCCCGUAUAAGUUGUAUGCAGCAUGUAGUCAUGUUUAACACUCUAGACAAACUCCUGAGCAGAAAGUGCAUAUAGUUACUGUAUGUUGUAACUUGCCUCCUAGGUGCUGCUUAUAACUCAGCCUUAGAACAUCAGUUGAAAACUAGGAGUUUGAGCACAGCCUAGUCCACAACCAUUUUAAAUAUUCGCUUAAGCCAAUGUUACUAAGUAGAUGGGCCCCCACUAUUACAAGUUAAGCUUGAGCCCCCGACUCAGUUGUAUAGCUUAACAUACAGAAUGAGACACAUUUCUCUGUGGACUGUCCCUUUAAGCCCAAAGUAUUUUAAGUACAGAUAAAAUAAUAUGAUCUAGAAAAAGGGCCAUUGCUUUUAGAGGACAUUAUUGUUAACCAUCCCCUCAUUCAGAUAAGAUGGUAGUUAUAUUCCAACACAAGUUGCUAUAGGCAAUUCUUGAUGUGGUUUUGAUAGUAUCAGCUAGAAAGCCUCAAAUCAGAGAGCAACUCACACAAGACAAAAAGUAGAUGUUGCCUAUUGCUUUGCUUAUAAGUGAAAAAGAAAAUCUAGGACCCUUCAAAAAUACCAGGAUGUAAGUUAACAAUUGUGUGUGCUCUCUGUAAGAUUUGAUAGGAUUUGUUUUCUUUACAAUGAGGUUCAAUUCAUGUUUAUUACCCUCCUUUGCUUCUCUGAUAUUGAAUUGUAGAUAAAUAAUCUGCCUAAAUGCAUUUAUCUUCCAAAUUCAAUUUAAUAGAAUGUUUUCUUUUUAUAAGGGGGAAGGGACAGUGGGAGGGAACGAUCAGAGUUUUGUUGAAAAUUGAAGAGGAAAUGGAUAUAAAACCUCAGAAGGUAGCUGUUUCCAGCAGCUUUCUAGUUAACAACCUCUAUGCUGCCUCCAGUAUCUGUGUCAAUAUUCUACUUCUGUAUUUAGUCUCAAUAUUGCAAUUUUUUUUUUUUUUGCUGGCAAGCUUUUUUUUAGAGCUCUCUUCCUGAAAUUUUUUAUGAAUGGUUAUGGCAUCAUUAAUGCUGCUAAAGUACCUUUAAACUCAUCACAAAGGCAAGUGUGUAACUUAGGGCCACUAGUGGUAAAGAAACCAAGACACGUCUGUGCCUUUUUUUUCCUUAGAGUAAUAUAAGAACAUCAAAAAAAGAGAGACUUAACAAGAUGCUUUGUUGAAACUCAGAAGCAGAUCUAAAACUAAAUCAGAGCAGGAUUUCUGACAUACUUAGUUUUACGUGUUGACUUUGUUGAAUUAUAAUAAAAAAAUAAAUAAAGACUAAUCAGCUCUACUAUUGCUUCCAGAGAGGGAAAUCCUAAACUUGGAAAAAUAAUUCAAAUAGGUUUUAGCAAGCAACCUGGGUUUGUGCUUUUUCUUAAAAUAUAGUUUUAUUGGAUAUAUGAAAACUAAAAGAUACUAUAAAAGUUUUCUCAUAUUGCAAGUGAAUAUGCCAGUUGCUAAUUUGUCUCACACUCUACAAAAGCUUCAUUACUUUAUUUGAUGCUGGUUGCUAAGCAGCUGUUGCACAGAGCAUAAGUCUACUGGGUACCUUUAUAAGUCAGAGGCUGAUACUGCACUGUUGAUGCCAUGUGAGGAAAUAAUGCACAUGUUCUGACAGCUAAACAGGAAAAGAACCUAGAGACAGAAAAUGAACAAAAGGUUGAUUUAAAUAAAACUUAAUUGACAUAACUGUAUUUUGAAACAUUCCAGGAAGGCUACUUCUUGUCAAACUUGCCUGGGGGUGUUUGUUCAAAAGCUUGUAUUUAAUAAAGGAACCACCUGACUUAAAA